GUUCAAUGACAUUUUACUUCAUCCGUCUCCGAGGAACAUAAAGUGCACCGGGAGUACAAUGAACCCUCGUCCCCCCAUUUCCGUGAUUUAACAUCCUGGCUCAGAUUCAGUUUAUAUUAAUGGCGCUUGGGACUAUGGGCAAAUAGUUGUCUAAGAGCUCUUUGACCUGUGGACUGUAAGGUCAUAAGAGCUUGGAUGUUGGUAACUCACUCCCAGCUCGACGAUCCAUCCAGAUCCACCAAUAUGUCCUACCUGCAGCAGAACAGUGAUCACGAACGUUUUCCCUAUGCCAUGUAUAACCACACGUUGGGUAUACACCAAGUUGUGGAUCCCCGCCAAUUAAGCAGUCAUGCGUUGUUUGAUAUGCCCGUCUCUUCAGCUUCGAAUCCUUCCAUCCAGUCUUCUGGUAGUAUCUCUCACAGUGUGGAGAUGUUUGUCCCGAUGAACAUUCCGCAGUAUAACAGAGACGGCUCCUCGACUAUUAUGUUCCAGGCGAAUACAGAAAGGAAUAGUCUGAGCAUCCCUUUAGAGGAGUGUCUUCAGCCCGGCGGUGGAAUGCAUUUGAAAGACGCCCAAGAAAUCAUGUUCCCGACAGUCGACCGUACCCAGGUCCAGACUUUCAAGCUUAUUAUCGCUUGGCCCGGAUACGACACAAUGGAGUACCCUAUAGAUAUCGGGACGAAUGAAGUGCCUAUCACAAGGGCUGAUCUCGCGCGUCAAAUUGCAUAUCACUUUUUCGGGUUUUUCAUCCAAUGCGAUAACGGUCGUUUCACUCAGAGGUCACUUUUCGAGUGGAAAGUGGGAGGGCGAGACGGGUAUUCGUUCCAUCAGAUCUACCUCUCAACAUUCUGGAAUAUCGAAGGCACCUCUUGGGGUGCCUCCAUCAGAGUCCUGAAAAAUGCCUAGCGCCUGCUGCACGCGUCAACUUGUCCUCCCCGCAAAUUCUGUAUACCCUCAUUGCAUAUGGAUACCAUCACACACGCCUGAGGAUGUGUCCACUGUCUAGUGUAUAUGUUGUACCCCGAGCACUAAUAUACACAAAAACUAAGCUGAAACACUCUUACACGUCGUUGUUG